CUCACCAGAGUCCCUGUGGAGUCCUGCGCUCAGUAUCGGAGCUGCGGCGAGUGCCUGGGCUCCGGAGAUCCCCACUGUGGCUGGUGUGUGCUCCACAACACGUGCACCCGGAAGGAGCGCUGUGAGCGGUCCAGAGAGCCCCGCAGGUUUGCCUCUGAGAUGAAGCAGUGCGUCCGGCUGACCGUGCAUCCCAGCAACAUCUCCGUCUCUCAGUACAAUGUCCUGCUGGUCCUGGAGACAUACAAUGUCCCAGAGCUGUCAGCUGGUGUCAACUGCACCUUCGAGGACCUGUCAGAGAUGGACGGGCUGGUGGUAGGCAAUCAGAUCCAGUGCUACUCCCCGGCAGCCAAGGAGGUGCCCCGGAUCAUCACGGAGAACGGGGACCACCAUGUCGUCCAGCUGCAGCUCAAGUCGAAGGAGACAGGCAUGACCUUUGCCAGCACCAGCUUUGUCUUCUACAACUGCAGCGUCCACAAUUCGUGCCUGUCCUGUGUGGAGAGCCCAUACCGCUGCCACUGGUGCAAAUACCGGCAUGUCUGCACCCAUGACCCCAAGACUUGCUCCUUCCAGGAAGGCCGGGUGAGGCUGCCUGAGGACUGCCCGCAGCUGCUGCGAGUGGACAAGAUCCUGGUGCCCGUGGAGGUGAUCAAGCCCAUCACUCUCAAGGCCAAGAACCUCCCCCAGCCGCAGUCGGGGCAGCGCGGGUACGAGUGCAUCCUCAGCAUCCAGGGCAGCGAGCAGAGGGUGCCCGCCCUGCGCUUCAACAGCUCCAGCGUGCAGUGCCAGAACACCUCUUAUUCCUACGAAGGGAUGGAGAUCAACAACCUGCCGGUGAAGCUGACAGUCGUGUGGAACGGGCACUUCAACAUCGAUAACCCAGCUCAGAAUAAAGUUCACCUCUACAAGUGCGGCGCCAUGCGUGAGAGCUGCGGGCUGUGCCUCAAGGCGGACCCGGACUUCGAAUGCGGCUGGUGCCAGGGCCAGGGCCAGUGUACCCUCCGGCAGCACUGCCCCAUCCACGAGAGCCACUGGCUGGAGCUGUCGGGCACCAACAGCAAGUGCACGAAUCCCCGCAUCACAGAGAUAAUCCCAGUGACAGGCCCCCGGGAAGGGGGCACCAAGGUCACCAUCCUAGGGGAGAACCUGGGCCUGGAAUUCCGGGACAUUGCCUCCCAUGUCAAGGUGGCCGGCGUGGAGUGCAGCCCUUUGGUAGAUGGCUACAUCCCUGCGGAACAGAUCGUGUGUGAGAUGGGGGAGGCCAAGCCCAGCCAGCACGCCGGCUUCGUGGAGAUCUGUGUGGCUGUGUGUCGGCCCGAGUUCAUGGCCAGGUCCUCGCAGCUCUAUUACUUCAUGACGCUGACUCUCUCAGACCUGAAGCCCAACCGGGGGCCCAUGUCCGGAGGCACACAGGUGACCAUCACGGGCACCAACCUGAACGCGGGCAGCAACGUGGUGGUGAUGUUUGGGAAGCAGCCCUGCCUCUUCCACAGGCGCUCUCCGUCCUACAUCGUCUGCAACACCACGUCCUCAGAUGAGGUGCUGGAAAUGAAGGUGACGGUGCAGGUGGACAGGGCCAAGAUCCACCAGGACCUGCUUUUCCAGUACAUGGAGGAUCCUACCAUCGUGCGGAUCGAGCCCGAGUGGAGCAUCUUCAGUGGGAACACACCCAUCGCGGUGAGGGGCACUCACCUGGACCUCAUACAGAACCCCCAGAUCCGUGCCAAGCACGGAGGGAAGGAGCACAUCAAUCUCUGCGAGGUUCUGAACGCUACUGAGAUGACCUGCCAGGCUCCUGCCCUCGCUCUGGGGCCCGAUCACCAGUCUGACCUGACGGAGAGGCCCGAGGAGUUUGGCUUCAUCCUGGACAACGUCCAGUCCCUGCUAAUCCUCAACAAGACCAACUUCACCUACUACCCCAAUCCUGUGUUUGAGGCCUUCGGUCCCUCAGGAAUCCUGGAGCUCAAGCCCGGCACACCCAUCAUCCUAAAGGGCAAGAACCUGAUCCCGCCUGUGGCUGGGGGCAAUGUAAAGCUGAACUACACCGUGCUGGUCGGGGAGAAGCCGUGCACCGUCACAGUGUCGGAUGUGCAGCUGCUCUGCGAGUCGCCCAACCUCAUAGGCCGGCACAAAGUGAUGGCCCGAGUCGGUGGCAUGGAGUACUCCCCGGGGAUGGUGUACAUUGCCCCGGACAGCCCGCUCAGCCUGCCCGCCAUCGUUAGCAUCGCCGUGGCCGGCGGCCUCCUCAUCAUCUUCAUCGUGGCCGUUCUCAUCGCCUACAAGCGCAAGUCCCGGGAGAGCGACCUCACGCUGAAGCGGUUGCAGAUGCAGAUGGACAACCUGGAAUCCCGCGUGGCCCUGGAGUGCAAAGAAG